AAGUUGAGAACCUGAACUCAGCCACUUCUCCAGUCAGCCAGACAUCCAGACUCAGUCCACCUGGAGACCCUUAUCCGUAGCGAAACAUUACUCCGUGACGCUUUCGCUUGUUCGUACAAGGAUUUAAACACCAGCUUUUCCGCCGUAUAUAAAAAUGAUGAUGGCUCCGGCCAGAGUCGCGUGGCUCCUGCUGGCCCUGGCAGCAACAACGGCGCAGUGCCAUGUCGCCAAGAGGCAGGUCGACACUUCCAACAUACCCGACGACGUCCUCAUCGCCUGCUUCGCCGCUCUGGCGGACGGGAAGGAAUGCAGUAAUAUCGUCCCGACGCCGACGCCGAAGCCGGAGAGACCUGGGUGUCGGUGCGUCAAGCAGUGGGAAUGCCUGGACGAAACUGGACCAUCAAUCACGACAGACACCGGAAUCCUAACCCUGGUCAAUGUCCGCUCGAUCUGUCCCGAAUCCUUCGAGACCUGCUGCACCAACGUCAACCCCAACCCUCCCGAACGACCCCCAACACCAGCGCCGCCUACCUCGCAGGCUUGUGGUCAGCUCAGGCCGCAGGGCGUGUCCUCCACUUUCGUCGGUUUCACGGACAAACAGGCGCAGUUCGGACAGUUUCCUUGGAUGGCCGCCGUCAUGAACACCCAGGUACCCGGAACGAAUGGCGCCAAUGUUUAUGUUUCUGGCGGUUCUCUCAUUCACCCUGGAGUAGUCCUGACAGCUGCUCACUACAUGGCAGAAUUUGUCAACAGUCCAGGGAAACUGGCUGUCCGCCUAGGUGAAUGGGACUUCAAGGUUCCGUCCGAGCCCGUUCCCCACCAGGAAGCCAAAGUCACACGUGUGGCUAUUCAUCCUAAUUUCGUGCCUAACCAGUUGACACAUGACGUGGCCCUGUUGUUCCUGGAUCGUGAGGUGCCGCUUGGUUCAACUAUUGGCCUCAUCUGCCUUCCAGAACCAUUUGAGACAUACAACAGUAACGAAUGUUACGGCUCCGGUUGGGGCAAAGAUGUUUUUGGCAGAGAGGGCAAAUACCAACAGAUCCUGAAGUCCAUAAAACUCCCGAUGGUUCUGAACGCCCAGUGUCAGAGUGCUCUGCGCAACACUCGCCUUGGGGCAACCUUCAACCUUCACAAAUCCUUCGUGUGUGCUGGAGGCCAACCAGGAGUCGACCUUUGCACUGGAGAUGGAGGCUCACCGCUGGUUUGCCCUAAAAAGGACGGCUCCGGCUAUGUACAGACUGGUGUGGUCGCCUGGGGCAUCGGAUGUGGCGAAAACGGCAUACCCGGAGUUUACGCUUCUGUCAGCGAAGCCGUGCCCUGGAUUGGGCAGGAACUUCUCGCCACUCAUAACUUUGAUGUGCGACGGGGGCCAGCUGGGAAGUAGGCGUUUAGGAUGAAUGAAGAAGUGUAGGGGAAACGGAACAGAAAAGGUCUCUCUCUCUCCUUUGUGAACUACAUUGAAAGAUUACGCGAAACAUAUUCCUGACGUUGAAGACAUCUGACGUCUUUUGAUAAUGGAAGUUCUCUCUUCCCAACCGCCUCUCUCUCUCUCUUUUUCUGAAUUUUUGCUUACACGGAGGGUAAGGGACGAUAUAGAUAUCUGCUGAUAUAAGGGUAGACUUUGGCACUAAUACGUUUGUCGACUGUUGUGGGAGAGACAGAAAAGAAUAACAGUAAUAAUAAAGCCACUUUGAUGACACGAUUGCUGUUCCUGUGAACAACUAAUAUCUCUUGGAAUAGUUUCAAUUUUCAUUCUAUGUCAGUUUUCUUUUCAUGAAGAGACGCGAGUGUUCGUUACUUCGUCAAAAUGCGUACCACCAAAACGGAAAGGCCUCGACGAGGUAAUCCUCUUCCUCUCUUAUACAGCAGACAGAAAAAGUACGAUGUACGAUAGGAAAUGAUGCACAGAGUCUUCAUGAAAAGAAGACUGAAAUAAAAUGAAGACUGAAACUAUUCUAAGAGACGUUAGUCACAGGAACAGCAAUCGUGUCAUCAAAGUGCCUUUAUUAUUAUUAUUAUUAUUUUAUUAUUAUUAUU